AUGACCAAAUUCUCUGAUACCCUAGACAUCGAAGGUCCAAGCGAGUUUAUGCCAAAAUGGGACAAGCAGUCAGUUGAUCCGAAAGACCAACCAGCGACAGUGCCGUGUUACGAUCUCGAAGAUCGCACCCGUUCUGCCCUUCAAAGUCUACAAGAAGGCGAUUUACUGCAACUUCUAUUUUAUAUAAUAAGUUAUAAGCUCUUAAUGCUUACUAUAAAGGUCUAUAAGAAAGAGAGUUUUAAAAGAUAUACUAAAAAGUUAUACCUAAUAAAGAUAUUAAUAAUAAUAGUUAAGAAUUUUAUUUAA